AUGCAGGGUCGCGGUUUCAGCUCUGUCUCCACCGACCCGUGCCCCGCUGUCACCGCCGCCAUGACGGGGCUAGCUCUCCUCUACGCCGGAGUCUUCGUGGCCUUCUGGGCCUGCAUGAUCGGCGUGGGGAUCUGCUACACCAUUUUUGACUUGGGCUUCCGCUUUGAUGUGGCAUGGUUCUUGACAGAGACUUCCCCUUUCAUGUGGUCAAACCUGGGCAUUGGCUUAGCUAUCUCCCUGUCUGUAGUUGGGGCAGCGUGGGGCAUCUAUAUUACUGGCUCAUCCAUCAUUGGGGGAGGGGUGAAGGCCCCUCGGAUCAAGACCAAGAACCUGGUCAGCAUCAUCUUCUGUGAGGCUGUGGCUAUCUAUGGCAUCAUCAUGGCAAUUGUCCUCAGCAACAUGGCUGAGCCUUUCAGUGCCACGGACCCCAAAGCCAUCGGCCAUCGAAACUAUCAUGCAGGCUACUCCGUGUUCGGAGCUGGCCUCACGGUGGGCCUGUCUAACCUCUUCUGUGGAGUCUGCGUGGGCAUUGUGGGCAGUGGAGCCGCCCUGGCCGAUGCACAGAACCCCAGCCUCUUCGUGAAGAUUCUUAUCGUGGAGAUCUUUGGCAGCGCCAUCGGCCUCUUUGGGGUCAUCGUUGCGAUCCUACAGACCUCCAGAGUGAAGAUGGGUGACUAG